AUCACGUACUACUCUCUUUCUCUCUCUCUCCUCUCUAUAAUUAUAAAGACUCUUCUCUUUCAAAGCUCCUCCUCCUUAAUUCUCAGUCCAAGACACACCUUUCCCCACUUCUAUUCCACAUUAUUCUCUCUCUUCAUCUUCUUCUUCUUCUUCUCUCUCCUAGUCUAUGCAGAAGAAGAGAAGGAGAUCAUGGAGCUUGGUUUGAGCUUAGGAGACUCUUCAAGGCCUUUGCUUGGGUUCAUGGAAAAGCCUCGUGAAGCUUCCAACCAACUGGGGUUAGGCUUCAACACCACUUUAUCAAUUGGUCCAAUCAUCACUAGACAAAAAGAUCAUGAAGACCAAGAACUAGAAGAGGAAGAAGAAGAAGAAACAAAGCCAAAGAAACACAAGAACAACAUCAACAAUCUCACAACAGAAGACCCUAAUGACCUUUCUUCCAAACCCAACAACAACAACCCAGUUCUUCAUCAACUUGAUCUUCUCCCUCAACUCUCUUUCCCAUGGCACCCUCCGUCUGAAAACGGGAGUUUAUCAUCCGAUUUGGGGGGCUCUUCGAGGGGGUUGGACGUGAACGCGCAGCCGGCGGCGGCGGAGGAGGAGGCGGAGGAAGCGGCGGCGCUGUCGUCAUCUCCGAACAGCGCGGCCUCAUCGUUUCAAAUGGAUCUCUGCAUAUACAGCAACAGAGGAGGAAGCUUCUACAAGAGAGACUCCGAGGGCGAGGCUUAUGAUCAAAGAGCCUCUUCGAGAGCCAGUGAUGAAGACGACACCAACGGUGGACCCGCCAACACCAGAAAAAAACUCAGACUCUCUAAGGAACAAUCUGCGUUCCUCGAAGAAAGCUUCAAAGAACACAACACUCUUAAUCCCAAACAAAAGCUUGCUCUUGCUAAACAACUCAAUCUUCGACCUCGUCAAGUUGAAGUCUGGUUCCAAAAUCGUCGAGCAAGGACAAAGUUGAAGCAAACGGAAGUGGAUUGUGAGUACUUGAAGAGGUGUUGUGAGACACUAACGGAAGAGAAUAGGAGGCUUCACAAGGAGCUUCAAGAAUUGAGGGCUUUGAAGACUUCAAACCCGUUCUACAUGCAAUUACCAGCCACAACUUUGACCAUGUGUCCUUCUUGUGAACGCGUGGCCACAAAUUCCACCACCACUUCCUCAUCCCUCGGUGCCACCAUCAAUGCAAAUUCAGGAACCAUGGCUAGUGUCAAAACGAGUAAUAAUAAUAAUACUAUUACUAAUGACUCCAACUCCAAUUCCAAUUCCAAGGCCAUUGGAUUCCCCUUUGGAAAACCAAGGUUUCAUCCAUUUGUUCAUGCUAGCCAACAAUCCCAUCAACAUCAAUCCCCAGCGUCUUGAGGAUAUGCAGUUCAAGAUUAGUACUAUUGAGUUGAGGGUUGGAAAUUGAUUCGAUUUUGUAUAUAGGGAAGUUAAUUAUGAGAGGAUGAUAGUUUUUUUUUUUUUUUUUUUGUUGGUGGGAGAGGGUCAUAUAGAAUUUGGAUAAUUGGGUUUUCUUUUUCUUGUUUGAAUCUGUGUAUUCCAUCUUUCUUGGGUUUUAUCAAUGGUGAAAUCAGAAAGAUGGGAGAGCAUUUUAGACAGUGAAUUGAAGAUAGAUAUCAAAAAGAAAGGGAAAUUAAUGAUA